AUGGAAAUGGCUGUGACGAAUAUGUAUUUCAAGAAGAGGGAGGAGCACAGGGUGAUGUAUAAGAGUGGAGGACGGUGCACACAGGUGGACUACAUCCUAUGCAGGAGGCUCUAUCUGAAAGAGAUUGGGGACUACAAGGAGGUGACAGGGGAGAACAUAGCAAGGCAGAAUCAGAUGGUGGUCUGUAGGAUGACUUUGGAGAUCAAGAGGAGGAAGAAAAUGAAAGCAGAACCAAGUUUCAAAUGGUGGAAGUUGAAGAAGGAAGACUGCUACGCAGAGUUCAGGGAGGAGUUAAAACAGGCAGAGCUCUCCGCUCAACCACCUCCGGCCAGCUGGUGGUCCCCUCACUUCAGGAACCUGGCAGCCGUUCCUCUCGACCACACCUCUUCUCGGCCAUUGUUCCACUGUGGUCACAAUGGGACAUGCGUAAGCACUGAGUCUACACCUUCUGAAACUGCUGACACUGGAUUCAGCCCUGAAGAAUGGGCCAGAAUGCUGAAGGCUCUGGACUGGCCAACUCCAGAUCAGCCCAUCACACACAUAGCCAUGACCACAUGCCCAGCUUGCUCCACAUUCUCCAUCGUGGGACAGAAAGAGAAGUACAGAGUGGGAGAUGAAUUGUAUGUCCAUAUAGUAGCAAAAGACCAUAAUAAUACCGCAAAACGAUAUGGAGGUGACUUUUUUCUGACAAAGCUUUAUUCAUCUAAGCUUAAGGCCAGUGUUUUUGGGGAAGUUUUGGAUCAUCGGAACGGGUCCUAUUUGGCACGUCUUCUUCUUCCAUGGGUGGGCAAAGCCCAAGUUGCCGUACGUUUGGUCCAUUCUAGUGAGGCAAUACAAGUCUUCAAAAAGUACCUGAAUUCUGAUGUUGUGCGACAUUUUUACUGGGGUCAUUUUGAGGGCACUGGACCCAAUGGAACAAGGAUUAAAGAGACUGUGUCCUGUAAUUUGAAAUGGGGCCAAGCUGAUGGCUGGAAGACAGGAAACUGCUGCUGCGAUUAUCGGGAUCCACGGACAGGAGACGAGUGGCAGUGUGAGAAACCGCCGACACUUCCCUGUGAUGCAUGGGUGUAUCACGAAAGGGGUGGAUUUAAAAAUCCCCUGACUUCUUUUGAGCAGGAACUCUUAGCUAGGACUCUGACAAACCAAGGCAUUAAAGGAGAUAAUCGCAUCUUGAAUGUUCUUCCUUCCACUGCAAAUAUUGCCUUGAAACAAAUCAACAUGCACAAAAACAGUAAAACUGGCCCUCGUAUGGCUGUUAGCAUGGACAAUAACAUUAUAAUCCGGUGGAGAUCUCAUGGUCUACCUCUGAGUUUCCUAAAGAUGCCAGUUGUAGAUCUACAUUACAUAAGCAAUCAGAUUGAUGACUUAGCCGGCGGGCCACACACUGUCAUCGUUUUUGACAUCUUUGCACAUCUUGUUUUUCAUCCACUGACCUUCUACGCCCACCGAGUAUUAAAAAUACGCCAGGCUGUUUUGGCACUGCUGAACAGGGCGCCUCAAACAAAAGUGAUUAUUAAGUCCGGCAACACGGGUGGAUCAAAGGACAUAUAUGCAAAUGACUGGUACUACAUCCAGCUGAAUAUAAUUAUGAGGGAAGCAUUCAGAGACCUACCUGUGAUCUACAUGGAUGUUUUUCAGAUGACCUCCUGCCAUUAUGCCAGAGAGAAUAUACAUCCACCAGCUGUUAUUAUUGCUAAUGAAAUUGACAUAUUUCUUUCCUUUGUCUGUCCCAUUUGA